UAACCCCUCUCUGUUUCUCCCUCCAUCAGACCGUGGAACAUGGGUUCCCCCACCAGCCCUGUGCUUUGGCCUUUGACCCCCAGCUGCAGCUCAUGGCCAUCGGGACCAAGUCUGGAGCCAUCAAGCUUUAUGGAUCUCCAGGGGUGGAGUUUACAGGACUACACAGAGACACUGCAGCCGUAUCGCAGAUACACUUCCUCCAAGGACAGGGCCGUCUGUUGUCGCUGCUUGAUGACAACACGCUGCACCUGUGGGAGCUGGGCGGAGCUUCCCGGGACAGGGGAGGGGCUAAGAGCGAAGGUGUGGUCUACCUGGAAGAAAAACGCAACUACAGUCUCCUGGGACGACCUGGACUAGAGAGCUGCAGUGCAAGCCGUGUGACAGUUCUGCUGUUGUUGAGGUCAUGUGACCUGCUGUGUGUCGGCACCGAGGGAGGGGGCAUACACUUCCUGGAUCUGCCACGCCUCUCGUUGAGGGAUAACCAAUCACUCCUGCUGGACCAGGUAAUGCAGAGCGUACCUGAGGACUACAGGUGUGGGAAGUCUCUGGGACCGGUGGAGUCGUUACAGGAACACCCCAAGCAGCCAGGGAAGAUUCUGAUUGGCUACAGCAGAGGUCUGGUCGUCCUAUGGGAUCUCAGCACCCGCAACGCAGAACACAUGUUCCUUGGAAAACAGCAGCUGGAGUCCCUGGUGUGGGAACGUUCCGGUAGCUCCUUCGUCAGUUCCCAUAGCGACGGGGGGUACAGCGUGUGGGCUGUUGCCAGUGGUAACACGUACACACACCAGCCUGUGUCCUCGUCCAUCCCCUAUGGUCCGUUCCCUUGUAAAGCCAUCAACAAGAUCUUAUGGAGGACGAUUCAGUCAGGGUGUCCAGUAGUCCUCUACAGUGGAGGAAUGCCCAGGGCCAGUUACGGAGACCGUCACUGUGUGACCAUCCAACAGGACAAACAACACGUCACUCUAGACUUCACAUCCAGAGUUAUAGACUUCUUCACCGUCACACCACUGACCCGGAACUAUGAUGAUCCUAAAGCCCUCGUGGUGCUACUGGAGGAGGAGCUGGUUGUAGUAGACCUCCUGACCACCGGGUGGCCCUACUAUGAUGAUCCUAAAGCUCUCGUGGUGCUACUGGAGGAGGAGCUGGUUGUAAUAGACCUCCUGACCACCGGGUGGCCCUCUGUCCCUCCUCCCUACCUGACCCCCCCCUACUAUGAUGAUCCUAAAGCCCUCGUGGUGCUACUGGAGGAGGAGCUGGUUGUAGUAGACCUCCUGACCACCGGGUGGCCCUCUGUCCCUCCUCCCUACCAGACCCCCCCCUACUAUGAUGAUCCUAAAGCCCUCGUGGUGCUACUGGAGGAGGAGCUGGUUGUAAUAGACCUCCUGACCACCGGGUGGCCCUCUGUCCCUCCUCCCUACCUGACCCCCCCCUCCUCCGCCAUCAAUACAUCCUGUCCUCUCCCAGACUAUGAUGAUCCUAAAGCCGG